GCAAACGCUCUGAUCGUCGUGCGUGGCUUGGAUAGCCUCGACUUUCCGAAAAACAUUUCCUCUUACCCUCUUGAAAACCCGGUUCCGUUCACUCUGGACAGUGUGGCAAACACGGUGCACACUCUGUUUGCCGGCAGCACCCCUGUGGUCUUGCAGCUCGCCCCCAGUGAGGAGAGGCUGUAUAUGAUGGGAAUGGCCAACACUGUUUUUGAGGACCUGCCCGUGACCCUGCAACAGAUCCGUGGACGUCUGUCCCAGGACGGAUCUGUCCUCACCUCCCUUCCUCUCAUCUCUCUCAGCCGUAAUAAUGAGGCUGAUCUUCUGUUCCUGUCUGAGGUGCAGGUGCUGUAUGACAUCUCAGCUCUGUUGCAGAAACACAAGCAUCUGGCUAAAGACCCGGCUCCUGACCUGUACUCUCUAGAGCUGGCGGGGUUGGAGGAAAUCGUCCGUCGUUAUGGCACAGACUCUCCUCAGUUCGCCGACGCUACCAGGAUCCUGACGUCCGCUCUGCAGAAGUUCGCAGACAAUGUCGCCAAUGUCUAUGCAAACAACGCGGUUGUAGAAGUGGUGACGGUGAAGACAUUUGAAGCCCCUCUGACCAGGAAGUCACGCUCCAUCCUUCAGAUCAGUAAUCAAGGCAGCCUCUACAACCUGGCCUACAAGUACGACUAUGAUUACGCUGUGGUCUUUAACAUUGUCCUGUGGCUGAUGAUCGUGUUGGCUUUAGCCGUCAUCGUGAUCUCGUACAACCUCUGGAACAUGGAUCCCGGAUAUGACAGCAUCAUCUACAGGAUGACCAAUCAGAAGAUCCGAUUGGACUGAUGACGUCCACCACACCCCAUUCCAUUUUGUGUUUUGUAUUUGAGUGCAUUUGAAUGUGUUUUAUUUUUGAUGUGGGUACCACAGAAUUGCUUGUAUAAAUGCUUCAUCUUUAUGACGCAAUCAAACACAGAUAUAAAGAUUAUUUAUUGAUGCCGGUUGAUAGAUGGACAAAUAAAAUUGUUUGUGACGUUUCUUAAUUGCUGUAUCUUGUAGAUUUGCAUAAUGUGAAGAGGAAAAUCUAAUGUUAGGAUGUAAAGAAUUGAGAUUUAACUCUAUUUAUUGUUUGUUGUUCACUUCAUUGUGCUGUUUUCCUUCCCGAAUACUGGAUAUGGUGUAAUUGCUCCAUUCCCAUGUAAAUUUGUUUAAUUAAAUAAAUGUCAUUUUCAUUUAAUAUAAAUAUAUAGUAGAAAAUUAGACCUUUUAAGUGUGACUGUUUGUUGUGUACAAGGUUGUAACCAUUUAUUAAACAUUGGGGAGACUGUUUUUAAUAAAGUAGCCUAGAUGUAGAAAUAGAACAGUUAAGGAAAUAGAUCUAAUAAAUCUAAUUCUAGUAGGGAAGUAAUUAUUUUGAACUAAUUACAAAUAACAUUUUAAAAUAUGUACACAUUCACUCAUUUGUAUGCCUAAUACGGCGAAAACGCAAAUCGUUUCUUAUCUCUUCACGUUCAUUUAGAAAUUCUAUGAAUCAUGUAAAUGAUACCAAAACAGUCAUAUCUGGGGGAAAAGUCGAGUAGUUUGCAGUGCUGGAUAUUACUGUCGGUCGUUUAACAUUUCUAUCAUAAACAGUUGUGAAAUAUUAAAUGUUUUGCUAUUUCCAUCUUACCUUGCUCUCUUUCACCG